AGCUACCCCGAGGCGCGAGGCGGGGUGAUGGGGGCGGUAACUCGACUGCUCGGCGGCGGCGCGGACUUGAACCUGAGGCCCGCGCUCUACAGCCAGAGGCUCCCGGCUGCCGCGACCCGGGAGAACCCGAGCCCUGCGGAGCUCCCAGCGGCCAGGCCUCGAGGCGCUGCGGCCGCGCGGCGAGCCCCAGCCAGCCGGCACCAUGAACACCAUCGUCUUCAACAAGCUCAGCGGCGCCGUGCUUUUUGAGGACCGCGGUGCUGCGGAACGGGAACGGGGCAGCCGGCCCUAUGGUGGCGUCCUGGACAGUACCCACGCCCGCCCUGAGGUGGGCAUUCCGGACGGCCCGCCCCUCAAGGACAACCUCGGCCUGAGACACCGGAGAACUGGGGCCAGGCAGAAUGGCGGGAAGGUGAGGCACAAGCGGCAGGCUCUGCAAGACAUGGCGCGGCCCCUCAAGCAGUGGCUUUACAAGCACCGUGACAACCCGUACCCCACCAAGACCGAGAAGAUCCUCUUGGCGCUCGGCUCGCAGAUGACGCUGGUGCAGGUGUCAAAUUGGUUUGCUAAUGCAAGACGUCGGCUUAAGAAUACUGUUCGACAGCCAGAUUUAAGCUGGGCUUUAAGAAUAAAAUUGUACAACAAGUAUGUUCAAGGAAAUGCUGAGCGGCUUAGUGUAAGCAGCGAUGAUUCAUGUUCUGAAGAUGGAGAAAAUCCUCCAAGAAACCACAUAAAUGAAGGGGGCUAUAAUAAUCCAGUUCACCAUCCUGUGAUUAAAAGUGAAAGCUCAGUCAUAAAAGCUGGAGUGAUCAGGCCAGAGUCACGGGCCAGUGAGGACUACGUAUCACCCCCCAAAUACAAGAGCAGCUUAUUGAAUCGUUACCUUAACGACUCUUUGAGACAUGUCAUGGCCACAAAUGCUGCCAUGAUGGGAAAGACAAGGCAAAGAAACCAUUCAGGAUCUUUUAGUUCCAAUGAAUUUGAGGAAGAAUUGGUGUCUCCCUCAUCAUCAGAAACUGAAGGCAACUUUGUCUAUCGCACAGACACUCUGGAAAAUGGAUCCAAUAAGGGCGACAGUGCAGCCAACAGGAAGGGACCAAGCAAGGAUGACACUUACUGGAAGGAGAUUAAUGCAGCUAUGGCCUUAACCAAUCUUGCACAGGGCAAAGACACCCUGCAGGGAACUACCAGCUGCAUCAUCCAGAAGUCGUCACAUAUAGCAGAAGUAAAGACCGUCAAAGUGCCACUGGCCCAGCAGUUUUAAGGGUUUGUCGCUUUUCAGACCAAUGGCUGUUCUUCACGUCAGUGUUUUCCCCUAAAUCCUCCUCCUUAAGAGCCGAAGCAGAAGUGGAAAUGACUCCCUUUCAAACCACUUCUUAUUUUUAAUUAUCCUAACUAGAUCAUUUAGUUGCUUCUAUAAAAGACAUAUAAAUUAUAAAAACCUCACUUUAAUCAAAAAUAGUAACUUAUUUUAUGUUACUCAAACUAUGCAUCAAGUGUCUGCAUUGCCAUUACAGUAAGUGCCUUGCUUCCCAAAAAUCAGCAACAACGUGGGCAUAGCGGAGUAGCUAUGCCUCAAAUGACAGCACCACCAUGCUUGUUAGUCUGCGUGUGUCACUCCAGACGGGCCUGUAACCAUUCCAGGACUGAAACCACACUCGCUGAAAGCCCUCAUGAUGUAUUCAGUAAUUCACAUGUUAAAACUUGGAAGUCUAUUCAGCCCAAAUGAAACAUUCCUCUAAAAAAAACAAAACAAAAAAAAAACCUUCUGCAUUUAAAAUUGUUCAGCAUGCUUUUCAGAGUGACAGUGAGAAAUUCAUGCAUGUCUCUUGCCUGCCUAUCUGACACACAACAAAGGUCCAAAACAAAAGGAGCGGCGAUCACAUAAUAUGUACACGUAAGAAGAAUCCCAGUGAUACAUUGUGAUCUGAAAAACUUUUUCCAAGCAUUGCUGGAAAAAUACCACAAUGCCCUUUUAGAAUUAAUUUGGAUUUUCUUUUUCUUAAGUUUCGCUGAAGUUUUUAAAAAUUUUAUUAUAUAAAUAACUCAAAAUGUUCCUGUGUAGAACUAAACCUAUAGUUUAGUUUUAACACAUGAUCCUGUUUGCAUUAGAGUUCAGUGCUUUUUGUGAUGGAAACUGUUUCAUACGGAAUGGUUGAAAAACCGUUUAGUUGGUUCAUUUCAAAUUAUAAUUGCUAAUGGACAAUUUGUAUUGCAACGAGAACAAGACAAUGAAAGAAAUGUAUCUCUGUGAAUAUACAUACACACACACACAAUUGGUCUUUAAAUUUAAAACAUAUGGAAAACAAAACAUUGACAGUCUUUGAAUUUUGCCAAGUAGGACAUUAAAUAAGUAAAAAUUAAGUGAAAUCACGCAUUAAAAGAAAGAACAUUUUGUUUCUAAAUUAAACUAUCAUUGAGUGAGAAUAAUCAAUAUCAAGAAAGAAGAAUAUAGUUUUCAAUCAGACAAUAAUAUUCUAAUCAGCUUGGGGAGACUUGAAACUUGAAUAAACAGUGGAGAUGCCAAAUAUAACAGAGUAUAUGUGCUACAGAGAAGUAAAAAGGAUUUGACUCUUAUGGUGGGAUGUUUUUUCUGGGUAUGUAAUCUAUUUUGUAAUUUUUUUUUUAAACUGGAAAGCUUUUUUGUGAGUGUGAAUGAGAGCCAAUAGUGCAGCCAUGUGGUGAUAUUUUUCUUUAUUUUGCAAAACGCUUUUAAAACCAAAGGCUGCUAUAGUUGAUAUAUGGACAAUAUCAAUCUUGAUAUAAAUUGUAGGACACUUUUUCAUGUAACAUAGCAUUUGGGGAUUGGGUUUAUUUAGUGUAAUGAAAAUAAUUUGAUAUAAAAAUAUUUUGUAUAUAUAUAUUUUUACUUUGUUUUCUAAAUUGCUGUUUGCAGUAACAGUAAAUGCAAAGCAAGAUAUGUUAAGUUAUGACUGUAUGAUCAGAUGAAGUAUGAGUUCUUUUGGUUUACAUCCUUAAAUAGUUAGAGAUCCAUGAUAAAAACUUUGGAAUCUUUAUAAAUGAAUUUUGUCAAAAUGUGAUCAUGUCAAAGAAAGCUAAGGACAAGUACUUCACUCUUUUUCAUACUAUUAUAAGUUAUUCUGGUAUUAAAUAUUUUAAUAAAAUUGAUUUUGUUUUGACAUAUUUCAGUUAGAUGAAUGGAUGCUGGUUGUUUUUUAUUUGAAUUAGUCAUAAUUCAUUUUUGCCAUCUUUUUGAAAAGAAUCAGCAAAUUUGUUCUAUGUUAUAAACUAUGGAUGACAAGGCAAUAUAGGAGAGCUUUCACAUGAUUUUUUUUUAAAUACCAAAGCUUGGAAUCUGGCCUAUAAAUACAUCAAGAAGAUUUUAUAAUUAGCACAUCCUUGGCAAUAUCUCCAAUUGCAAUUACUUUUAAUUUAUUUUUUCUUUUGCUGCUUUAACGUUUUCUGGAAAUUAAAGUCCCCCCAAUCCUUUAAAAGAAUCUUGAACAAUGCUGAGCCAGCAGCUAAGAAUCUAACUCAUAAUUUAUGUUGUAGAGAAAUAGAAUUACCUCUAUUCUUUGUUUUCCCAUAUGUAAUCAUUUUAAUAAAAUUAAUAACUGCCAGGAGUUCUUGACAGAUUGAAAAUAAAAGUUAAUUUCUAGACCUCAAGAUCAUAUGAAUUUUGUUUUCCUUUGAGAGUUGACCAGGUGGAGAAAGAAGUAGAACAGAAGGGUCCAUUAUAUGCUGUAAGUCUCUUUAGGUUGGUAAGGGAUAUGAUAUGGGAGCACUGCAUUUGUAUUAGGUUUGAUUUUCAUCACCUUAGACCACCAACCUACCUUUUAAGAGCCGAGGAAAAGAGAGUAUGAUGCUAACUGUUAAAAUACAUAGCUUUAAAAUGAACAUUUUCACUAAACACCUUCUUUGAGAAGCUAAUACAAUAAGCAUUAUUACUGGCUUUGAAGUUAGACAGAUCUAUGUUUGAAUCUCAGCUCUGCCACUCACUGCAUAAGAUCCAGACUCAGUCACUCUGCGCUUGGCUUUCUUCAUCUGCAAAGUGAGAGGAAUGAGUCAUACCUUGUAGAUUUGCUACAAGGUUUAGAGAUCACAUACAAUACAUGAAGUGCCUACCACAAUGCCUGGCAUUUAAUAGGUGCUUAAUAAGUGGAAGGUAUUAUCACAUAAUUAUAAUUCCUCUAUAUAGGGUUUGUGUGCAAGAAAGUAGAAAUACACAUAGCAUAUGAGAUAUGGAGAAUUUAAUGAAGAGCCUUGGGAAAGGAAAGAUAUCUGACAUGAAAGACUGCUGUGGAGUAAUAAUAGUUGGGAUCAGAGUUGGAGAGACCUUCAAGAAAGAUCAUUUUAUUAUUAUUACCUUGAACUUCCUAGAGAAAAGGAUAAAGUAUAACAAAGGUAGGAAAGAACAGACAUGCCAAUAGAAGACAUAGCAUGUGGGAGAGCUUCCUUCAUCCAUAUCAACCAGAAUUGCAUUUCCCUCUAUUCAUCCUGCUUGAUCCUGUUGAAAAUGACUAAGAACUCAAGCUGCUGUCUGUAUCCCUGCCUGCUCCAAGUAGCAAUGUUUAACAAACAGUGGCAACAGCCAUGGUCUGCUUUUAAACUCAGCCAGCUCAACAGCAUAACAUCAUGCAAAUAAACACAGAGAGUAAGCAAGCCACCCAGACUCUUCUGUCUGGGGCAGCUUAGGUCGGCCAUGCCUUGGAAAGCAGUGUGGGGUGGUGGUAAGGACUUGGACUGGCAUAACCUGGCUUUGCCUCUUCACUGCUUGGUGACUUUGGGGAAUAAGCAUAAAUCUUGUGUACCCAGUGUUUGCAUCUAUAAAAUUUGAUCUAUGAAAUUUACCUACUCCAAAGAUCUAUUGUGAGGAUUAAAUAAGGCAGUGAAUAUAAAAGUACUUUGCAAACUGCAUGUACUGUACAAAUGUUAAUGAUUAUUAAUGUGUUCCAGAUGACUCUGUAAGGCCAAAUAUCCCAUAUUUUUGGCAAUAUAAACUGUGGUUUCCAUGAAGCAUAUAAGACCCCCAGAUUCUGUCAAGUUCAUAUUGUGAUCUACCAUCUUUGGGCCUUCUUGAGCAGAGUCUUCUGGUCCUUUACUUCUUUUUAACAGUUACGGUCAGAAUUAGGUGACUGAUAGUUACACUGCAGGGACAGAAUCCUAACUUCAUCACUUCCUAGGUUGGAGACACAUCUUAGAGGUAGACUAAAAAUUUGGUUUGAGAAGUGUAUGUAUUGCCCAUAAUAAACUCUUUUUU